CUGCAAUCGUUUCAGAACUGUAAUCUGUAUUAGUUUACUUCCGAGUAAAAGCUCUGCCAUUUUAGCUUUGUGCGUAACACCGAGCGGAAGUGUUUCUUACGGAACAAGUACGGUAACGACCGUACAAAAUGGUUAACGGACGAAUACCAUCAGUUUUCUCGAAAACUUAUGUUACUCCAAGGAGGCCUUACGAGAAGGCUCGUUUAGACCAGGAAUUACGUAUUAUUGGUGAAUAUGGUCUUCGUAACAAGCGUGAAGUAUGGAGGGUCAAAUACACCCUAGCAAAUAUUCGAAAAGCUGCCCGUGAACUUCUUACUUUAGAGGAAAAGGAUCCCAAACGUUUGUUUGAAGGAAAUGCUCUUUUGCGUCGAUUGGUAAGAAUUGGAGUGUUGGAUGAAAGCCGUAUGAAACUCGAUUACGUUCUUGGUUUGAAGAUUGAAGAUUUCUUGGAAAGACGACUUCAAACUCAAGUAUUUAAGUUGGGACUUGCCAAGUCUAUUCAUCACGCUCGUGUACUUAUUCGCCAACGUCAUAUUAGAGUGCGCAAACAAGUAGUAAACAUUCCAUCUUUUAUUGUGAGAUUGGAUUCACAGAAGCACAUUGACUUUUCAUUGAAAUCUCCGUUUGGUGGUGGCAGACCUGGCCGUGUCAAGAGGAAAAACUUGCGUAAGGGAAGUGCAGGAGCUGCUCCAGAGGAAGAGGAAGAUUAAGUUAUUUUUUAUGUAAAACUUUCAUUUAAUAAAGUUUUGAUCUUUAUCUGAA